CCGCUCGGAUCGUUCUGCUGAUCCUGGGACUGUUCCGCUUUCCUUUGGAUGUUACUGUGCUAAAUUUGAGAUGUCAUGAUCAAGAGAAUGUUGCAUGGAAGUGAGGCGAGAAUUCUCACAGGUUUAUAGCAAGAUGCUGUGAUUUCAGGGGCAGAUGUUCAGUUAACACCGCACAGAAGUAGACUGAAGACAAGUUGAGCGAUCCACAGAAGCAUUCUGAUUACCUCCAGUUCUACUACUACGUCGCCUUAAUGACAGCCUCAACUUGUCGCCAUGGCAUUGGUGCUAUUUGUCGUCGCCAUCUUGGUAUAUCUGGUUCUCCACCAGAUGUACGAGACUCCUACGGGACAGCAGCAACAUCCGAAGCACACCCAGAAGCGGGAGUUGAAGUUCAACGAGACCAGCAUCUUCGAGAAGCUGGGCCUGACAUUCAACCAGUGCCCGACGUUCAUGUCGUUUGUGGACAAGUUCAACACGUUCGACCAGGUGGCUGAGGCUAUCAAGAUGGCCGGCCUGGAGAGGAGUGAGCUCAUCAUCGGCGUUGACUUCAGCGCCAGCAAUGAGUGGCAGGGGCGGAGCGUCUUUGCCUCACGGUGUCUUCAUGACGUGACGAACUGGAGAACGUUCAACCCUUAUCAGAGGGUCUUAACAAUUAUUGGUGCUACCCUGGAGCGUUUUGACUCUGAUCACCUCAUACCGGUUUACGGCUUUGGGGAUGUCAAUAGUAAAGACUCGACGGUCUUUUCGUUAAAACCAGACGGCGAGCCUUGCUACGGGUUCGAAGACGUCCUGGACUGCUACAACAGGGCAUGCCCGAUCAUUCAGAGAAGCGGCCCAACAAGUUUAGUACCCAUUAUAAAUAAAGCUAUCGAUACCGUUAAAGAGAAACCAACUUAUCACCUUCUGAUGAUCCUCACUGAUGGACAGUUGGACGAUAGCGACAAGAACGCUGACGCCAUCGUCAGAGCCUCAGAUUUCCCCAUCAGCAUUGUAGUUGUGGGUCUCGGAGACGGUCCGUGGUACGCCAUGGAGCAUUUCGACGACAACCUUCCCAUGCGUAGAUUCGACAACUUCCAGUUUGUGAACUUCCAUCAGGUCUGCAGCAAAGCGAAGUACUCCGAGGCGGCCUUCGCUCUACACGUCUUGAUGGAGAUUCCGGAUCAGUACAAAGCAAUCUGCAACUUGGGAUAUCUCAGAAAUCAACCCGGUGUUGAACGCCUCACCGUCGACAAAGUGAACAGGCUCCAACAUGAAGAGACGGAGUUUCACGGACUUCAGCGCAGUGAGGAGCUGGUCUCCAUCAGCCCAGAUAUUGUCCCGGUCUUGACCAAGAGACCGAGCAAGAGACUCGUCAACAAAUGUUCAAUUCGUAAAUCCCAGAGGAGAUGAGGAAACCAGAUCGACGUGAGUAGUUGGUAAGCUGGGAUAGUUUUACAGUGUCUUCAUUACAAUUUAUUCCCUUUCUGAUUGUGCUAUUAUUAUCAUUAUUAUGGAAACUAAAAACUUCUGCAAAUAUGUAAAAAAACACUCCUUUUAUGAUGCAAAAUUAUCCUUGUUCAUCCUGAACCUCGAUUUCUACUUCCGCGAAAAUUACCUCAUCUGAGUUUCAGUGUAAUUUUGUAGUGGAAUAUUUGAUAACAUCUUUUAUGUGUAACAUCCUCCGUCAAACUAUAGCGCCAAUAAACAGUGUACUAUAAAAUGUCAAAGUUAACAAAAAUAACCAAAAUAUCAAUCUUACUGCCCCAGUUACAAUCUUUCUCUCAGUGUAAAUUUUUGACGGAAAUUCAAUUUUCUUUUACAUGACUGUCAUGUAAGGGCAACGCACGGCAAGACAUUUUAAAUGACAUUACAUUUCAUUACAACCCAUAUUCAAGAAGGAUUGAGGUUAAGAGAAGAUUAACCCAAUUCCUGGGAAGAUUAUUUUUGCAUGUAUCUGCCUGGAGACUACUUGAAAGAUGGCAGUUGCCUUUUUUUGCUUCCUGUGUUCGCAACGAUAUUUGGUCAAUAAAUGAAUGCAUUAUUUUACUACUCAAACAGUGUAACAAUGAUUAAGUAAGCACACAAAGGGGGACACAAGACAAACGCAAUGCUUUAUAUGAAAGAGCUAAAACUCAUUGUCAGGCCUGUAUGCUUCGUUUUUUAAUAGGGCAAGGGCACCAAGGCAUUUUCUCU